AUUUAUCUUAAAAAUUAUAAAAAUAUAAAUUCUUCUUAAGAUGAACCAUGUCUUCAAAUAUAAAGAAGAUGGAAAGAAGGCAGUUAAAAUAUCCUUUAAAGAACCUCUUAUGAUUAAUUUAUUUGAAAAUAAAAAUAACGAGCUAUAUAUUGAGUUAGUUAAACAUGUUAUGACAAAGUCAAAAAAAAUAGUUGUUUUUGUUGGAGCAGGAAUAUCUACAGACGCAGGAAUACCGGAUUUUAGAUCAGAAAAAGGACUUUUUGCUAGUUUACGUUCAAAUUUUAAGUUAAAAAGCAGCGGACAGGAUUUGUUUGAUAUAUCUGUUUACAAAAAUGAAGAAGAUAUUAAACGGUUCCAUAAAAUGAUAACAGACUUGUAUAAAAUCUCAGCAUCAGCAAAACCCACAUUAUUUCAUGAAUAUCUUGCGGCAUUAGCACGUUCAUCGCAAUUAAUACGACUUUAUACACAAAAUAUUGACUUUUUAGAGACGCGGAUGCCGUAUCUAGAGUCAGAAGUACCGUUACCUAUGUAUCCACCAUGGCCGAGGACGAUUCAGUUACAUGGUGGACUUCAAAAUAUGAUUUGUUCAAAAUGUUAUUGGACAGGACCUUUUGAUCCGGAAAUUUUUAAGGAAGAUGCACUUUCAGUGUGUCAUCAAUGUAUAGAAAUGGAGAAUAUACGUACAAUUGCAGGAAAACGGAAUAUUGGGGUGGGAAAAUUAAGACCACGAAUUGUUUUAUAUAAUGAAUAUAAUUUGGACAGUGAAGCAAUUGGAAAGGUAACAGAAUAUGAUCUUAGAGAGAAACCAGAUGCAUUGAUUGUUGCGGGUACUAGUCUUAAGAUUGCAGGAGCACGAAAAAUUGUUAAAGAAAUGAUAGAUGCGGUAAAGGCAUCACAUGGUGUAACAAUAUGGAUUAAUACAUCAGAUUUUCCUAAACCCAAGGAAUUUGAAAAAAAAUUUGAUAUUGUUAUUAAAGGAGAUUGUCAGAAGGUAGCAGAUUUAGUUUUAUUAAAAAAUGAUACAUCAAAUAUUCAUUCAAAAGAGCCAUCUUAUGUUUUAGACCCAUCGUCAAUAAAGCAAACUUUUACGAAUGAUCUUUUUAUUGAACAAAAUACGAAUACUAUAUACUUUUCAAAAAGAAAACGUGUUUUAAAAGAACAGCCAGAAAUAUCUAGGAUUUUUAAAUCUGUAAAAUCAACGAAAAGUAUUAAAGUUUCUAAAUAGCAAAUAUGCUUGUAAUAUAUAUAUAUAUAUAUAUAUAUAUAAA